AUGGCCAUCAGGCCAUUUGUCCCGGGACGGUGGGAAUGCUAUUCCGUUUCGCCAAGGACGGUCAUUGUGGACAGCAAGAAGUUUCCAGAGGCAGAGGCUGGUUCCAAAUCGGCAGCUCAGGAUUUGGCUGCGGAGAUGGCUCUCUGGGAGCUCCAACGCUCUCGAACAGAAGCACCAGAAGCACCAGAAACCCCAGAAGCACCAGAAGCACCGGCCACAGGAAGAGUGGAUGAGCUGGAACCGGCAGGUCCACCGGAAAGGCCCAAAGGCGUUGCGCGGAAGGAGCUGACGCGAUAUUGCAACCAGCGCCUGCUGAAGUUUCGCUUCAGCGAGCGAGAGGUCUCGCAAGCGGACAACAGGGCCAUGUUCUACAUGCGUGUGGUGAUGAACGACCGUAGCUUCCCUGAGGGUGCCGGCAUCACAAAACCAGCUGCUCAGGACAUGGCUGCCGAACUGGCACUUUUAGAACUUCGAGGCUUGGCGGACAUUUCCAACCAACCCGCUGAACUCAGCGUUCCGCAGGCAGUUCAACUACCUCCGCGAGGGCUGCAACCAGCUGUCGCGGAGGCUCCGGGUGUGCCGGGUGUGCCAGCGGCACCUCGAGCCAAAGGCCAAGACCGUCAGGAGCUCCAAUGCUUGUGCCAGAGGCAAGGACUCUCCUUGUCCUUUAAGGAGGAGGGUUCUGGCCCCAGUCACCGACCGGAGUUUCGUGCGUCAGCUGUUGUACAGGGCAUCGCCUAUCCUCAGGCGAGCGGGAAGACCAAGCACGACGCCAAGGACGAGAGCUGCCGCUCUGCCGAGAGAGGAGGUCGUCGAGAGAAGCCUGUGAAGUGGCCAAAGGGCACGUCAGACAAGAUCUCAAAGAAGUUUUCCUGGCUGAAAGGCACGGAAUGGAAUUGGAACAGUUGGCGGAAUGUCAAGUUCCAGAAGGACGGCACCUUUGAUGCUCCGACCAAUGAUUGCCACAGAGGGCAAUGCAAAUGGUCUGCCAACAAGGGCAAGGUCUUCGUACUUUGGGGUCAAGCUGGACUUCAUGAGCUAGAAAUUGUCGGGGAGGUCCCGACAGAGCAGAAUCAGCAGAAGAUGCAAGGCUUGCAAAUGAGGGGCGUUCGCGUUUCUGAUGGUGAUAGAUGCUCUGCUACGUUUCAAAGGGUCUUCGACCAUGAAGCUGCAGAGCUUGACAAGGAUCUAUAUGAGAUCCUUGGUCUGCAGGAUGACGCUGAUGAGGCAGACAUCAAGAAGGUCUACCGAAAGCUUUCCAUCAAAUACCAUCCUGACAAGAAUCCGGAUGAGGAGUCAAAGAGGAAAUUUGCAGAGGUCCGGGAUGCAUAUGAGAUCCUGAACGACCCAGACAAGAAGAUCCUCUACGACACUGGUGGGAUGGAGGCCGUCAAGAAGGCCGAGAAGGGCGAAAUCGAGAAGGGCGAAGAUGCCCGAGCCAAUCUGGCGGUGAGUCUCGAGGACCUCUACAAUGGCGGCGGCCGACAAGCUGAGAUCCAGCGACGGGUCGUGUGCCGGGGGUGUCGGGUGAAACCGGAUUCCCCCAAAUGUCAAGGCUGUGGCCGCUGUCCCAAUGAGGUGAGGAUGGUGAACCGACAGGUUGGCCCUGGCAUGUUUAUGCAGCAGCAAGAAGAAGUCCCCAGCAAAGAGAAGUGCAAGCAAGAGAUGGCCGUGAUUGAUGCUCAGAUCGAAAAGGGCAUGCGCGAUGGAGAGAGCCUAACCUUCCCCCGCAUGACGGAUCAGAGGCCAGGCACAAUCCCUGGUGCAAUGAUCCUGACGCUGAAGGUGGCCAAGCACGAGAGGUUUGAACGGCGAGGAGAUGACCUCCACAUGAAGACCAAGGUGACGCUCCGAGAGUCUUUGUUGGGAUGGACCAAGACCAUCAGACACAUGGACGGCCAUACCAUUGAGAUCGGCACUGACAGCGUGACCAAGCCGUUUCAAGUCAUCAAGGUCAAGGGCGAGGGCAUGCCACUACGGGAUGAUCCAGCGAGCUUUGGUGACUUGUACGUGUACGCCGAAGUGGUCUUUCCACGAACCCUCACAGGUGCGCAGCAGGAGGAGAUCUCCAAGAUUUUUGCUUGA